UCCCGGGAGGUGGAGACACUAGGCAGCCCGCGGGAGCGGAGGGCUCACUCCCAGGCGGAGCGGAACUGCGGCCGAGUACUGACCAGUGUGUUCCAGGAGGCUAAGGGCUGGGUGUGUGCGGAUAUCCUCCGAGACCUAAGCAACAAACGCUAAGGAAGAAGGAAGGAAUGAGGCUGGAUACAGUGCAGUAAAACUGAGCACUUCCAGGACAGGAAAAGGCACUACAACUGCGCCCUGCUUUGUGCAAUCAUAAUGAGAACUUACCAUUACUUCUUGCUGCUUUUUUGGGUUGGUCAGCCCUACCAAAGUUUCUCAAGCCCCUUCUCUAAGAGGACUAGUGGCUUUCCAGAGAAGAAAAAGAUACUGGAGCUAUCUGGAAGUAGCAAGAAUGAGCUUAAUCGAGCAAAAAGGAGCUGGAUGUGGAAUCAGUUCUUCCUCUUGGAGGAAUACACAGGAUCCGAUUAUCAGUAUGUUGGCAAGUUACAUUCAGACCAAGAUAGAGGAGAUGGAUCACUUAAAUAUAUCCUUUCAGGAGAUGGAGCUGGAGAUCUCUUCAUUAUUAAUGAAAACACUGGGGACAUCCAGGCCACCAAGAGACUAGACAGGGAAGAAAAGCCUGUGUAUAUCCUUAGGGCACAGGCUAUAAACAGAAGAACAGGAAGACCAGUAGAACCAGAGUCUGAGUUCAUCAUAAAAAUCCAUGAUAUCAACGAUAAUGAGCCAAUGUUUACCAAGGAUGUUUACACUGCUACUGUUCCUGAAAUGUCUGAUGUUGGCACUUUUGUUGUUCAAGUCACUGCAACUGAUGCUGACGAUCCCACCUAUGGGAACAGUGCUAAAGUAGUCUACAGUAUUCUCCAAGGACAACCUUAUUUUUCAGUUGAAUCUGAGACAGGCAUCAUAAAAACAGCGUUGCUCAACAUGGAUCGAGAAAAUCGAGAGCAGUAUCAAGUGGUUAUUCAAGCUAAGGACAUGGGAGGCCAGAUGGGAGGCUUAUCUGGGACCACCACAGUGAAUAUUACCCUCACUGACGUGAAUGAUAAUCCUCCUCGUUUUCCUCAGAGCACUUACCAGUUUAAAACUCCUGAGUCAGCCCUUCCAGGUACACCAAUUGGCAGAAUCAAAGCAAUUGAUGCUGAUAUUGGUGAAAAUGCAGAAAUUGAGUACAGCAUCACUGAUGGAGAAGGUUUAGACAUGUUUGAUGUUAUCACUGACCAGGAAACACAGGAAGGAAUUAUCACUGUCAAAAAGGCUUUGGACUUUGAAAAGAAAAAACUGUAUACCCUCAAAGUGGAAGCUUCCAAUCCACGUGUGGAGCCCCGUUUCCUCUACUUGGGCCCAUUUAAAGAUACAGCCACAGUUAGGAUCAUGGUGGAAGAUGUCGACGAACCUCCUGUGUUUGGUAAACUAGCCUAUGUUCUGCAAAUAAGAGAAGAUGCUCAGAUAAACAGUACAAUAGGCUCAGUGUCAGCCCAGGACCCUGAUGCUGCCAAGAAUCCUGUCAAGUAUUCUGUAGAUCGACACACUGAUAUGGACAGAAUAUUCAACAUUGAUUCUGGAAAUGGUUCCAUUUUUACUUCUAAACUUCUCGACCGAGAAACAUUGCUGUGGCACAACAUUACUGUCAUAGCAACAGAGAUCAACAAUCCAAAACAAAGUAGCCGUGUACCUUUAUUUAUCAAAGUUCUGGAUGUCAAUGACAAUGCCCCAGAGUUUGCUGAAUUCUAUGAAACUUUUGUAUGUGAAAAAGCAAAGGCAGAACAGCUGAUCCAGACCCUGACUGCUGUUGACAAGGAUGACCCUUACAAUGGGCACCAGUUUUCCUUCUCCUUGGCUCCUGAAGCUGCUGGCAGUUCGAACUUCACUAUUCAUGACAACAAAGACAACACAGCAGGAAUCUUGACUCGGAAAAAUGGCUAUAAUAGACAUGAAAUGAGUACCUACCUCCUGCCUGUGGUGAUCUCUGACAAUGACUACCCAAUUCAGAGCAGCACAGGGACCGUGACCAUCCGUGUCUGUGCAUGCGAUCAUCACGGCAACAUGCAGUCCUGUAAUGCAGAGGCACUCAUUCAUCCAACUGGACUAAGUACUGGUGCUCUGGUUGCCAUCCUCUUGUGCAUCAUUAUACUUCUAGUGACGGUGGUACUUUUUGCAGCUCUGAGGCGGCAGAGGAAGAAGGAACCUUUGAUCAUUUCCAAAGAGGACAUCAGAGACAACAUUGUCAGUUACAAUGAUGAAGGUGGUGGAGAAGAAGACACUCAGGCCUUUGAUAUUGGCACACUAAGAAAUCCUGAAGCCAUAGAAGACAAUAAAUUACGGAGAGAUAUUGUGCCAGAGGCACUUUUUCUUCCUCGACGGACUCCAACAGUACGCGAUAACACUGAUGUCAGAGAUUUCAUUAACCAAAGGUUAAAGGAAAAUGAUACAGAUCCUACUGCCCCACCAUAUGACUCCUUAGCUACCUAUGCAUAUGAAGGCAAUGGCUCUGUGGCAGAGUCCCUGAGCUCCUUGGAGUCUGUCACUACAGAUGGAGAUCAAGACUAUGAUUACCUUAGUGACUGGGGGCCGCGGUUUAAGAAGCUGGCAGACAUGUAUGGUGGCACAGACAGUGAUAAAGACUCUUAAUAUGUUGCCUUUUUUCAUUUUCCAAUACAGCAUUGAGAUAUGUGAAGUGGCUAUUUCUUUAUAUUUAUCCACAGCUCUGUGAAGGGUCCUGUAUUCCAAAUGUUAAUGACUGCAGUCUGUGUGGAUCAAAUGUUAGAGACUUUUUCUAGUAAACUUUUAUGAGUUUCCAAGAGGCAAAGUUUUAUUUUUUAGUGCAUCCAGUUUACCAACCCAGUCUUUCAGGCACAGUGGUAGUAGAGAGGACAGGGAGCAAUAUUUUUACUUGUUCUCUCAGUGUAUAUUUGAGGACAUUAUUCUUUCCGCUCACCUGUUCUUUUGACUAGCUUUCAUCAAUUCAACUCAGAUGACUGUUCUAACUGUACGUUACACAUACUGAUGUGAUAAGGAAUUGCAAUUUAACCUAAAUACAUUAUUCUAGUAAAAGUAAUGGGGGAGGAGUAACUAUGAAACUAGUAUUGGCUGACAAAGAGAUGAAAAAAAUCAUGUAUACUGUAAUUUUGCAGGUAAUUCAGAAAUACCAGUUAGCCAUU